AUGACGGUAGCAGCUGUGCCCGUCAAGUUCCCCGUGAUCUGCGAGGAAGCUGACAUUGAACCAGAAAUCCUCAAUGCCGUUCUGGACGUGGACCGUUUCGUUCUGGUUGCCAAGCCUGGCCCAUCUCAGCUCCUGACAAAGUACGACCGGCCCAUCGAUGGCGUCCACACCGCGUUCACAACACCCUUUACUGCAACGCUCCCCGACGGCAUCGAGACUUUGAGAACAUUCAUGGCUGGUGCCAAGAUCAAGGGAGGUAUCAGUUCUAAGGUCUUCAUUGUUCUGGAUCAACAAACGGCCCAGGUUGGGAACACUUGUCAAGUAACGACCCACGACGACGAUUCGGACGAGGACAACUACGAGUUCCGAGUGCCCCUUCGUUGCGAGCUUACUUCGGCCCUAGCCGCUGCACAGGCCUUGGAGACCCUCAACACCUUCACACAAGAGGCUUAUAGCACGCUCCCGGAAACUGAUCCGACUAUUGCUCCUUAUACUAUGGCCUUCGUUACUUCGCUCCAGCAUCCCUUCCACAGCGGCCCGGCCACCAAAGAACCACUUAAAUCGGUCCCAACACUCCCAUCGAUCCUCCUUGGCGCCUCUCCACAGGAAUGCGACGUUCUCACCCGUCAUCACUUCCCACCCCAGGAUAUGUCUGAGCUUAAUUAUAAUCGGUUCAUCGUCAUGGACAAGCUGACGGAGGAAACCCAGACCGUGCUCCUUGCCUGCAACAACGAGCUCAAUCAGCUACAGCUGCUGAGGUCUGAUUUCAAAAAUGCGCUUCUCGCCAUUCUGGCACCGGAAAACACGAUUCUCACCAUGAACGAACAAGCAUCAGAAGCAGCCUCGAGGGGGGAUGGUGUUGCUCGGUGGCAUUGGGAAAUCUUUACUUAG